AUGACAAGAGAAGGUAGCUUCCACGAAGCACUGUAUGAUUCAACUCUAGUUUCUGGAAACUUGACAGUUGUUCUGUCAAGUGUGGGAUUGAUUGAACUUCUGGGCCUUUGCAUGUAUGGUGCAUUGAAUUUCAAUACUGAUGCUGCCGAUUCCAUUCCAGGAGAAAGACAACCUACAGAUAUAAACUGGGUAAAUAAAGUUAGGAAAGACUCCAACAGUAAUCAGAAUAGAAGAAUACCAUUUCCUAGUCUGUCUUCUGAAAGAGGUACGGAUUAUGAAAGCUCUUCCACAAAGCAUCAUGGCUUUUGUAAUCCAGAAAGUCACUAUGGGAAUUCUGAAGACUUCCACCAAUAUUUUGGUACCAGUAAAAGUUUGAAGAAUCGCAACUUGCAAAGCCAGAGGUGGCACAGAUCAAGAAACGAUAGCACAUGUACUAGAAGUAAAAUAAGGCAAGGUACUGCUGAUGCUGCUGCAGGUCCAGGAAUUUCAGAUGCUGCAAUAGUACCUGGGAGAAGAGCACCUCCUAGAGGGUACAAUGACUUUCUCUCCUCAGAGAGUGACAGGGAGGUACCUAAUGCAGAUAGUAGAGGAGCAAAGCCAAAGAAAACACAUCUGAUGCAUGCAUCUGGAAGAGGUUUCAAGGAGAAGGGAAAGCAAGUACCUGACCGGGAAAAGAGAGUGAGCUCUAAACAGAAAGUAGAGCUGUUUGAAAACGUUCCAUCUUUGGAUUUGACUCAGUCUGACUCUUCAGAAUCAUCUGUUGGAAAGGCAUUCUGUGAUGCACCUGUUGGUAGUGGGGAUGAGCAGAAAGGCUACAAUUAUGUAAACAAAAGAUAUCCCCGGAAGCCUGUGUGGAAUAAACCCCCAGUAGAAAAGGAGUGUCAGAAAAGACAUGAUUCUCACCGUAGUAAAAAUACAAAAGUAGGUAAGAAGUCUUCUCUUGCAUAUACUCCGAAAGAUAAAAAUGAAAGGAAGAAAGAACUCUCUGUUCACAAAAAUGAUGAAAACUUGACCAGUGAAAUCAGGCAUCCAUUGUCUGAUUCUGUCAGAUGUAAUGGAAGAAAGUUCCUGCUAAAGGGGGAUCAGGCACCUGCACUUCAUUUCAGCUGGACCCAGUACUGGAAAAAGCAAAGUGAUGUACCAAAAAACAAAGAAACUCAUACAGGGUCGUUGAUUGAACAGCUGACCACAGAGAAGUAUGAGUGCAUGGUAUGCUGUGAGGUGGUCCGAAUAGUAGCCCCAGUGUGGAGCUGUCAGAAUUGUUACCAUGUAUUCCACCUGAAUUGCAUUAAGAAGUGGGCACGAUCACCAGCUUCACAAGCUGAAGAUGGUAAUAGUGGUUGGAGAUGUCCAGCUUGUCAGAAUGCUUCUACACAAGUUCCUAAAACUUACACUUGUUUCUGUGGUAAGGUGCACAAUCCCGAAUGGAAUAGAAAUGAAAUCCCACAUAGCUGUGGGGAACUUUGUGGAAAGAAGAGACAGUGUUUGGACUGUCCACAUCUUUGUAACAUCCUGUGCCAUCCAGGACCUUGCCCUUCGUGCCCAGCCUUUGUGACAAAAACAUGUGAAUGUGGACAAACAAGUCAUUCAGUGCGCUGUGGCCAAUCAACAAAAAUUCAUUGUUCUAAUGUAUGUGGAAAUACUUUAAACUGUGGUAAGCACAGCUGUACUCAAGUGUGCCAUGCAGGAAAAUGUUCACCUUGCCAAUUAACAGCACAGCAAGUGUGUUACUGUGGAAGCAACUUUAAAGAAGUAUUGUGUGGGACAAAGGAAGAAUUCUCUGAUGGAUUUGGGAAUUUCUCAUGUCAGAAUAUAUGUGGCAAAAAAUUAAAUUGUGGGAGGCACAACUGUACGCAAGUAUGCCAUCCUCAGCCUUGCCAGCUCUGUCCACGACUUCCACAAGUAGUGUAUCGCUGUCCUUGUGGUCAGACUCCUCUCAGCAAGUUACUGGAACUAGGAUGUGUUGAACGUAAAAUAUGCACAGACCCUAUCCCAUCAUGUGGAAAAACAUGUGGCAAACCUCUUUCUUGUGGUAGCUAUGAGUUCAUUCAUACAUGUGAAAGCCUUUGCCAUGAAGGAGACUGUAGACCAUGUUCUCACACUUCAAAUAUUUAUUGUAGGUGUGGCUUCAAAAAAAAGGAAGUCCCAUGUACUCUCCUCAGAAAUAAAGCUGCUAUUACAUUCAUGUGUGACAAGCGAUGCAACAAGAAAAGAUCAUGUGGACGACACAAGUGUACUGAAGUUUGCUGUGUGGACACAGAACAUAAGUGUUCUUUGGUUUGUGGUCGUAAACUCAACUGUGGGCUUCAUAGAUGUGAAGAACCCUGUCAUCGGGGCAGCUGUCAAACAUGCUGGCAAACAAGUUUUGACGAGUUAACUUGUUAUUGUGGUGAAUCUGUGAUUUACCCCCCUGUCCCCUGUGGCACCCAGCCACCAGAGUGUAAAAAAACAUGCACCAGGCCACAUGACUGUGAUCAUCCAGUGUACCAUUCAUGUCAUAGUGAGGAGAAAUGUCCACCCUGUACCUAUCUCACUCAGAAAUGGUGUAUGGGCAAGCAUGAACUGCGAAGUAAUAUUCCUUGCCAUCUCACUGACAUUUCCUGCGGACUUCGCUGCAAUCAAAUGUUAAAAUGUGGAAUGCACAAAUGUAAAAGAAUCUGUCAUAAAGGAGAAUGUCUUAUAGAUGAAGAGUGUAAACAGCCAUGUAUUAUUCCAAGGCUAUAUUGUAAUCAUCCCUGUAUGGCUCCAUGUCAUCCUUCUUCACCCUGCCCGACAACAUCCUGCUGUGCAAAGGUUGAUCUUCAAUGUGAAUGUGGAAGAAGAAAGGAGAGUAUGAUUUGCUCAGAAGCAUCUAAUACAUAUCAAAGAAUAGCUGCUAUAUCUAUAGCCACUAAGUUAACAGAUCUACAGCUUGGGGAUUCGGUGGAAAUCAGUAGGCUUAUUACGAAAAAAGAAAUGAAGCAGGCCAGGUUGCAAUGUGAUGAAGAAUGCUUAGCUCUUCAGAGGAACAGGCGUCUUGCUGAGGCUCUUGAAAUAGAUGAUAAUUCUGAUCCUUUUAACAUCCGUUCUUCUGGACCAAAGUACAGUGACCUUUUAAAAGAAGAUGCGAGGAAGGAUUUAAAAUUUGUCAGUGACAUUGAGAAGGAAAUGAGAAUGCUUGUGGAAGCUGUAAAUAAGGGCAAGCAUACAAAGAAGAGCCAUUGUUACCCACCAAUGAACAGAGAUCACCGCAGAAUCAUCCAUGAAUUAGCUCAGGUUUAUGGCAUUGAAAGUGUGAGCUAUGACAACGAACCAAAGCGUAAUGUUGUUAUCACUGCAGUGAAAGGGAAAUCGGUUUGUCCAAGCAAUACCUUAACUUCUGUGCUAGAUAAAGAAAUGCAGAGCAGGGCUCCACCUCCUAUUCCUCAUUACAAACAAACAGAUAAGAGUAGUGGGAACAGUGGUUUAUCCAAACCAUUAAAAGAAGAGCCGGUAAUUGACUACUUUGAUGUCCAGGACUGAAGUGAUUGAUGUAGAAUUAUGAUACAGAAGCUUAGAGGUGAAGAUACUAAGUUAUUGUGUGAGGCGCUUUUUGGUUAUCUGUCAAAUGAUCAGUUGUUCAGCAUAGUCAUGAUUUAACAUCUAAAGUUACAUUGAUUGUGAUACUUUAAAAAGUUAUGCAUUUUUACAGUUUACGUAACUGCAUAAUACCUAACAGUAGUAUAGCUUUUUAAACUUGGGUUUGGUGCAAUUUUUUUAUCUAAUGUGCUGUCAGAAUGAUGUAGAUUUCCAUUGAUGCCUUUAAAGUGAGAGAACUGGUAAUCAAAUAUAUUUUUGGAGGUAGUAAGAACAAUGAUAAAUCUCAAAGAUUUAUUUUGACGUAUCUCACACAACUUAAAAUGGACCAGAAAUAAUCUGUGUUAAAAACACUGCUGGGAAUACUCUUAAAGCGUUUUCAUAUUUUAUUAAUUCACUUUUGUGUUGAUGUGGUAAAUUUGGGAAUUUGAGUUACUCUUCUGCAUGGAAGGAAAUAUAAAAUUUAAUCUAAGUACGAAUGUAUACACUAAAUGCCCAUUAAAAGCACAGAAUUCCUUUGGUAUCUGAAGAACCAGGGUUUGGGGAAGGUGGGGAAUUAAGACUUAUUUUGCUUACCCAAACCCCCAAAAAACCAACUACCCCCAAAAAACCAAGACAAGAAAAUUAUUAAUCCUUUCUUACUCAAGACCUUGAACAAAAUCAGACUUUAUAUAUUAUUUUGAUGUUCUAUUUGGUUUAAUUUGUAUUUGGAUAUAUUAGCUUGAUGGUCUUCUAGGGGGGUCUUUUUGCAUGGUUUUAUUGGGGGUUUAUAAUCUUUUUCUGUGCUGUGUAAGCUUAACGUGAAUGUGUGAAGUUUGGUUUAGGUAUGUUAUGAAUUUGGAAUAAUAUUUGUAAAAUUUAUAAGACCAUCUGUCUAAACUGUUCGGCAAUGGAAGACCUUUGUUUUAUGGGAAAUGCCAUAAACAAAAUGGGAUGGUGUGAAACAGUGAAGGACACCAAAGUGGUCUCAUAGAUGGUGAAUUGUUUCCAGAUGAUGAAUUAAGGUAGGUGAGUAGCUCUCUGGGAGAGGAGAUUGUAGGUCUGAUCAGAAGAGGUGACACAGCUCUGAAUUUGAGUAAUACCUGUUCACUUGAGGAGAACGUUUUUUGAACUAAUAAUUUUAGUAACUCUGACACUGAUGCGCUCCGUUUCUUGUUCCUUGUGGCUGGCUACACGUAGCGCUAAAGGUGAGUCCCCUGUACAGCAUCAGAGGCUGCUGCUAAAAGGGGCUUAGCAUAAUGAAGAAACAGAUCUAGCAGAAGACUUGUCAUCUGUUGUUGAUUUUUUUUUUUUCCAGCCAGCUCAUUGUGGUGUAGUAUGAGAUUUGUUGCCAAGAAAAUGGAAGGCAGUUACCCAUGCUUAGAUUCACUUACAGUUAUCGCACAACCCUGAGCCUUAACUGUGAAGCAUUCUGUGGCUACAUUUCAUCUUGAACAGCUUGUGAAACAUGAAAGAAUGAGCAGCAAACUCACAGACCAUAUCUGUCCCCCAAAAUGUUUUGAAAAUUAGAAUGCAUGCUGUUAUUGCCUAUUUUUGUAGGAGCUUAUUAUUUCACAUUAAAAGAAUAUGCAGUCUUACAUGUUUCUAAACAUUUGAAAUGCAUAUGCUUCAGGUAAAACAGUUACCAGAAGGAUUCUCAAACCUCAAGAAUAUUCAGGCUUUUAAUUUGCAUGUAGUGAUUUAAAUUGGUUUUAGCUUUUUUGUCUAAUGUUGUGUGAACAGAAAUGAAAAAUAAAUUAACAUAGCUUAUAUUGCCCUUAAUUUCUUAAGCAAAUUAAUGUUUGUUUCUACAAGGUGUACUGCUUUGCUAAGUUCAGCUGAAGAAGUAAGUUGCUUGGCAUCUUUCCAGGAAUGUAUUUCUUCAAUCACUUCAUUGUGAGGAGUGUAUCUAUUCCAGUGCUUGCUCAAGUGCCAGCUCAGUGUGGCCAGACAAAGGCUAAUUCUGGUUUUGAAAUUCAGAGCUAUGUUAAUAUAGCACUGUUUUCAAGCUAGUAACACCUGUUAGGGAGAAUGUACAUAGUUAUACUGCAAAGGUAGGUUCUGGACAGGAGCAGGCACCCACAUCCGGUGAGCUGAGAGUAUAAAGUUAGAUGCAUGUACACUGGAGCACACACAGUUGGUAUACCAUAGGUAGACCUAACAUUACAGAAAACCAAAGUGAUUUAGUUGAUAAUAAAUAGAAUAAAGCUGAAGCCUAUUAACUUUUCACACAGUUUCACAUGAAUAUAGCUAAAACUUCACAUUUGCACCUCUGAUUUUAAAUUUAAAACUUAAAAGGUUUUACUAGCACUAUAUUUAGCUCUGCUCUUCAAAAUUUUUAUCAGAUUAUGGCUUUAAUAUAAAAAUGUGAACCUUGGUGAGAUGCACUUCAGCAGUCAAGUAUUCUGCCACUGCUUUUAAUAAGAAAACCCAGGUAAUCUUCAGCUUCUGAAGAUGAGACUAAUAAUUAUUACUGAAUCUGUUCAUACUGAGAAGUCAUAAUUCUCAUCACUAAACCCCUUAACUACAUGAAUGUUAAAAUAUUUUUAUAGAUCUGUAUCUUGCACAUCUCUCAGUCAUGGCUGUUGGAGCAUAUCUGUAGUUAUGAAGAAAGUCACAUGUACAGAAACAUUUAUUUUGAAAUGCAUUUUAAUGACUUGGUUAAAAACAUGAUACCAUACAUUUACCCAGGAAAGUAAUAGCAAAAACAAAUUAUUGAUGUCUUUCUUCCCAGAACAUAGUUACAUAGCCUUAAGAAGGAACUCGGCAAAGUUUAACAGUGGUGCUCUCCUCUCUGUUCUGGUUUGCUUUUGCUGCAAUGUAUCUGUGACUUUCAUAUGGAAUAGUACUAAAGGCUGUAGUUUUGAUAUCUGUGAUAAUUCACCUUCAUAUUGCACGUGUGCCUCAUGGAAAUAUUUUUCAAAUAGCUAUUUUGUAAAUCUGAGCUGGCCUUUACACCUUUUAUCUAAUAGAAAAAUGAGUGGAUAAAAGAAAUCUCUGCAUUAGUGAAGUCAGUGGCAAAAAUCCUAUUGACAUCACUGGAACCAAGACUUAAGCUUCAAUAUACUAAUCAUUUUCCACAGCCCUAAGAAUAAUAUGAAAAAAGUACUCUGCAAUAAGCAUCUUUUGAAAUAAAUUAUGUGAUGUCAGUUGGAAUUCAUGCAACUUCAUGAAGUGCUUUUAAAGUUGUGUAUGAAAUAGGCAGAUACUUUGGCAUUUGGGCUGUGCUAUUACUUAUCUAUAUUGUUUAACAUGUUUAAAGUGCUCUGAAUAUUCAGUGCUUGGGUUUAACCUAAAAUUGUGUAAGAUGCGUAAGUAGACUUCAAUACCACUGUUUCUGUGGCAGUUUUGUACAGUAUCUGCUGCAUAAUGAAAUGAGCAAAGUAAAAUUGUUCUAAAACACUUAAGAAUAAGUUAUUUGUUGAAAGUUUUAUAUUUGACUUGAUUUUUUUUCAAGUUACUAGUAUAAAAUUACUUCCUUUAUAAACCUGAAAUAAAUCUAAGUUGAAAGUUCAGUGCUUUGGAAUUGUUUGCAAGCUUUGUCUUGGUAUUCCAAAGUUGGAAGACUGAGAUAUCACAGAGAAACAAUAAAGAUUUAAAUGGAAGUCUGGGGAGUCCUUUUCCUCAAAUUUUGAAAUAUGAGGUGUGAUUUCCUGCAUUUGAAGUGAUUUUAAACGAAUGCUGUAAGGAGAAUGAAGCAAGUAAAGAGGGACUCCCCAGGAAAUGGAGAGUAAGGAUUAUCUGCUACCUUCUUGGGAUUCAGAAGAAGGGAGAGAUUAUUAUCUGAAUAGAAAUGUACAUUUUGGUUAUCUGAAAAAACCUUUACUAUGUCAGCGUAAAUGCUACUUGGCAAUAAAAUGUAUGAUUCUA